AUGUCCGUUGAUCAGUACGUGCGCCACAAGAUAGCACUUGAGCAAACGGUCGGGGUAACUGGAAGGAAUAUACAGAAGCGGUUCAAGACAGACGGGACGACACACACUCCUCACUACUGCCUUGGUGUGCUUGACACUGCGCGCGGUGUCAAGUUCUGCACGUCGUUUCGGCGAAUGGCACAAGAUCGUCUUACCCGUGCCUUCCCCCUUGAGGCUGCGGAACGUAUAUUAAGGUGCGCCGCUGCGGAGACAGACGCAGGCGACAUAUGUGACGAGACGCUCCGCAGACCUUUCGGAUGGCUGGAGAUUGCACGGGGCCGGAAGACAAAAUUAGAGACGGAACAUUUACACUUUGGUCCCCCAACAAGCUGUGCUUGGGGCGAUGCGAGCUGUCGUGCGGGCAGAAGUCAGGAAGAAGUCUCCGAGUCAACAGGUACUGGUGAGAUGUAA